AUGAUAAGUGUGAAAACCCGGUGCCACGGUGGACAUGAGCUGACAUGGGAGAGUCAACCUGUGGUCAAUGGAAGGCCAGCCGGAAACCUUCUGCUGUCAGGUUCCAUAUUCUUCUCUGGAGCAAAUGCAGCACCAACUCUGCGAAUGCUGAAGCACAUAAACGUGCAAACGUUCAGCCUCACAAAAGUUUACAGAUUCCAAAGCUGCUUUCUUGUUCCAGCCGUAGAGAAGGUCUGGUCAUUGGAGCAGAGGCAACUUCCAGACCAGCUGGAUGACCAGGCAGUAGAUGUAUCGGCAGAUGGGAGGUGCAUAAAGCUGAACUCUAUAACAACAGACCGUCACCCUGACAUAAGAAAGUACCUUGACAAGGAAGAACCAGCGAUAAGGCACUUUUUCGACAUUUGGCAUAUCUCAAAAAGUGUAAAAAAGAAGCUGACCGCGAUCAGCAAAAGCGCCAACUGUCACAGCCUAGAGAAGUGGAUCCAGGCAACGUCUAACCACCUGUACUGGUGUGCAAAAGCCAGUGGAGGAGAUGCUCAGCUGACGACGGAUGCAUGGCUAAGCAUCCAGAAUCAUGUUGUGGAUAUUCACAGUCAGCAGAAUAGAUCCUACCCAUGCUGCCUUCAUGGUCCAAUCACAGAUGGGGACUGGCUUGACCCCGAUUCUUUGGCUUACAAAAAAUUCAAAGAAGUGACUGGGAACCUACGGCUUUUCAAAGAUGUUGCCCAGAUGUCCGCAAACACACAAACUUACGCCCUUGAAAGCUUCCACAGCCUCCUGAUCAAGUUCGCGCCAAAAUUUGUGGCGUUUUCUCCCGAGGGCAUGCUUUGCAGGACUAGACUGGCAGCUCUGCAUUAUAAUGAAAAUGCACAACGCUGCCAAGCGGAGACACUACGUGGAGACCUACGUUGGAAGAUAAAAAACUCCAAAGCUAAGCAGAGACACCAAGUGGCUUGUCCUGUCAAGACUGCCCCUACAUUUGCCUACAUUGCGAAGCUGCUUGCUGAAGCAGAAGUGCAGUGCAGGUCACAUGCGUCAUUUCAGGAGGCAAACAAGCAAAAAUAG